AAGCGGCUCCCCCGCAGCGGCCGCCAUGGCGCCGGCGUCCCGUUCCCGCAGCCCGCCCGCCGCCAGCCCCGAGCGCCGCGGCCGCAGGUCCCGCUCCCGCGAGCGGAACGGCCUGAAGCGGCCGAGCCACCGGCGGAGCCGUAGCUGGUCCCGGUCCCGCGAGCGCACGCCCGGCGGGCCGCGCUCUGCCGCGCACCACGGGCACCACCACAGCAAGGCCUGGCCCGAGUACUACGAGAAGGAGAAGGAGGAGAUCCUGCGGCAGAGGAGGCUCAAUGAGAGAGAGAGGAUUGGAGAACUGGGAGCACCUGAAGUCUGGGGACUGUCACCAAAGGUUCCUGACCCUGAUUCCGAUGAGCAUACACCGGUAGAAGACGAGGAGGCAAAAUCUCAGAGCAGUUCUUCAGAUUCCAGCUCAGAAGAGGAGAAAAAGAAAAAGAAGAAGAAAAGGAAGAAGAAGAAGCGGAAGGCGUCCAAGAGAAAGCGCAGGAAACACUCUGAGGACAGCGACAGCGAGUCGGAGUCGGAGCAGAACUCCAGUGAUGAAGAUAAAAAGAAAAGCAAGAAGAAGAAAAAGAAGAGCAGAAAGAAGAAGUAUAAGAAAAAGAAAAAUAAGAAGAGCAGGAAGGAAUCCAGUGAUUCAAGUAGUGACGAUUCUGAUGAUGAAACCUUUCAAGGGGAAGAUCUCUGGAUUGAGAGAUCAAAAAAUACAGAAGCUGAUAGCUUGAUUGGCCCAGAAGCUCCCAAAACUCAUGCAUCUCAGGAUGACAGGCCCUUGAACUAUGGACAUGCCCUCUUGCCCGGUGAAGGGGCAGCAAUGGCAGAGUAUGUGAAGGCAGGAAAACGGAUACCCCGGAGAGGUGAGAUCGGCUUGACCAGUGAAGAGAUUGCAUCGUUUGAGAGCUCUGGUUAUGUCAUGAGUGGCAGCAGGCACCGCCGGAUGGAAGCCGUGCGUCUGCGCAAGGAGAACCAGAUCUACAGCGCGGAUGAGAAGAGAGCUCUGGCAUCCUUCAACCAGGAGGAGAGGAGGAAACGAGAGAAUAAGAUCCUUGCGAGCUUCCGAGAGAUGGUCUACAGAAAGACUAAGGGCAAGGAGGAAAAAUAAUUCUUCAUUUGAGCUGUGCACCCUAAAUUCUACCAAGCAGGAGCUAACCUGUUCCAGGCACCGUUCGCUAAAAGCUGCAAGUGCUGCAGUGCCUUU